AUGGGCUUGGGUGGAGAUGAAGAAGCGCAACAAGAAUCCAAAAGUUACGAAGAAGAUGACAGCGAUAGACUCUCCACCACGGAUGAGCGCAAAGCACAGAAUCGAGCUUGCCCACAAAUAAAUCGAAAACUUUUGCUACCUAAAGCAUUUUAUUUUUGCUUUUUCUCAGCAUGGGGUUCGCUGCUGCCUUACCUUGCCCUGUAUUUCAAACAGUUACUCCUAACUCCAAGCCAAGUAGGAAUUCUGUUGGGGCUGAAACCCUUCGUGAACUUUCUCGCCACUCCUGUGUGGGGUGCCAUCGUAGACAAGUUCCACAUUCACAAAUUUGCCGUUGUAGUUUCGAUGAUCGCUUUGAUCACAUCAACGUUUGCCAUGUGCCUCGUACCCGGCCCUGCACAGCAGAAGGUUGUUAUCAACAAUCAUUGCAAUCGCACGGAUUUGGCAGAUUUUAUGCAGAUGACCGGAUCGGAAAUCGACAAAAUGGUUACUUAUGGGGCAGAAUCGGAAACAGAUUCUCUUAGCUUCUUUUUUUCCAAAAGCCGCUGGCCCUGGGUUAUGGAUUUCUUUUCAACUAAUCUGGAUCAAGAUCCGAUUCAAGUCAAAUACAAAAUCGAUGCCUCUAGAACUUUUACAAGCUUGUUCCUCAUCACGCUGUUUGGCACCUUAAUAGCAGCACCAGCGCUUGCAUUAGUUGAUACUGCAACUUUACAGAUGUUAGGAAAAGAGACACAUCGGUACGGUAGGCAAAGACUUACAGGGUCGCUUGGAUGGGGAAUGGGAGCUUUUAUAGUCGGGGCAUCGCUACAAACUACACAUAAAUGCUCCAUGAAGAAAAACCGCGAGAUUGUCGACUACAUUCCUGCGUUUUAUGUUUUUGCCGUUAUGAUGACGCUAGGCCUAAUCGUUGCCAUCAGAUUCAGGUUCAAAACAAAAGAAGGAAAAGGAGGACAAGGUACAUCUCUAGGUGUCGGCCUAAGUGCCCUGAAAAGCCCAACAUAUGUGAUGUUUUUAUUUACAGCGCUGUACCUUGGUUUUCUUAUGGCGUUCAUCAAAACAUUCCUAUUCUGGCACCUAAAGGACUUGGGCGGUACGCAGUUGCUUUUUAGUGUUAUUUCUGCAGUAAACUGUGUUGCAGAAGUGAGUAUGUACUUCCUGUCAGAAAAGCUAAUAAAAAAGAUUGGACAAAUUAGGGUUUUAUAUUUAGGGCUAAUCUGCUACUCAAUUAGAUUAUUUUACUACUCUGUUAUUCCAUACACGUGGAUGGUUUUAGCAGUAGAGUUGUUGCCUGGAAUAACAACUGCAGCAGUAUGGGCUGCCUGUUUAUCUUACGUUAGUUUGAAUUCGAGGCCUGGCGCCCAAACGACGAUGCAGUGCAUCUUACAUGGAGUACAUUGGGGUCUUGGCUAUGGGGCCGGGGAAGUUAUUGGUGGAAUUCUCGUUCAUCAUUAUGGAGCGCCAACAACGUUUGUCUUGUUUGGCAUACUCUGCAUUGUAGUCUUACUGCUGUAUAUUUUGAUAAAUAUGAUUUGGGGGAAAAAAGACAGUUCCCAGAUAAGAGAUGAUGAAACGCAGACUGAUUUAGAUGUUAAUAACUUGCCGGAAGAAGAGCGAAUUGCAUGGGAGAAAGCCCAGGAGAAGAGAAAAGGCGUUAUUCAAUUAAGUGAUGAUGACGAAGAGGCUAAACAGAGCUCUUACGGUGAAGCAAUGGAUGUUAAAGAUAAAGAUACUCAGCAAACAAACAUGGCAAAUAUUGAUCCUGGCCAAGAUAAAGGAAACGAGGCGGAGAAGGUCCCAGAGAUUGAUGAAGAUGAGAGUGCUGAAUUAGACGUUCCACACGGAUCCGAUCUUGGUCCUGGAGAGCAAGAAGCUAUCGGAACUGAGGAAAUUGAGCUGAAAGUACCAGAAGGACUUAACGAAACUGAUAAACUUGAAAAACUCAAAACAGACGCGGAUAAGACGGAAGACGAAGAGACAAUUGUUGAUGAAAGUUUAGAUGGAAACAAAACUUUAACUGAGAAUCCUGUAUCUUCAGUUUUCUACGAAAUUACUUUUGCAGAAUUAUUGUCGCUGGACGCUUCUACGCUUGUUUUGAUGGAAAAUGAACUUUCAAAGGAAGAUGGGGUUAUUAGAGAUGCAGAAGGUGUUCCAAGUACGUACAAGGAAGACGGUUUCAAAAGAUCGACGGAAUGUAAGAAAGCAGAAAUUGAGAAUCCAGGCGUGUGCACUGAUGAUUCUCAACGAAGCAAUGAAAAUUGUCAACUAGCUUAUGAUGAAAAUGAAAAGUCAAGUGAUACAAAAGAUGGAAAUGAAGUCAAUCGUAAUUGCCUUGCUGGGGUUAAUAGAUCAUUAUUUCAAUGUAAGUUACUGUACUUUUGUUAUCAAGCAGCCUUAGGGGCACUUUGGCCCUAUUUGCCCCUGUAUUUUAAGCAAUUAUUUCUGACGCCAAGACAAGCAGGGACAAUCGUUGCAUCAAGAACAUUAGUACAGUUUAUUUGCGUCCCAUUUUGGACCGGGAUUGCUGACAAGUAUCAGAGACACAAGUUGAUUCUUCUUAUUGCGAUUUUCGCGUGGCUUGUAUCUACAAUGGCAUUGGUCAUCGUGCCCGCAGAACAGCCAAAGGCAUGCUUCAAGAUGGGCAUGAAACGAACUGCAGAAACCGAUGAUGUUGAGGAUGUAUGGUUUGAUUUUAGUGUUUUGGAUAAAAUGUCACGAGAGACAAAGGAAGUAUCAACUAAACACCCUAGGAAAGAUGCAUACGGUAUAGUAAGAAUUUAUAAAGCUAACAAUUCUAAUUUGACUGCAAAAUACUCUGCAUAUGAUCCUGAUCAACACGUACUGGAUUCGUCGAGAAUUUACGUCUUGUUGUUGCUCAUCACAAUCGUCGGUAUGAUGGUCUCAGCACCGAGCCUCGUUUUGGUGGAUGUAUUCACUCUCCAGAGGCUGAAAGAGAAAUCUUAUCAUUUCGGUCAUCAAGCGCUAUGGGGGUCCGUUGGGUUCGGUUUUUUCGCAUUUUUGAUAGGAAUAGUCGUUAAUUUCAUUCAUAUCACAAACUAUUGCACUCGCAAAGCAGACAUCAACUACUUGCCCUGUUUUUAUGUAUUCUCUAUUUUCAUGACAAUUACACUUUUAGUUGGAUCACAAAUUAAAUACGAAUAUGAUGCUGACUCGAAACGACCAGGUUUCUUUAAAGGACUCAAAUCCAUCCAUGACAUUCACCUAGGCGCUUUGCUUAUUGUCACUUUUUAUUGUGGAAUGGGCAGUGGUUUUAUAUCGACUUUCCUUUUUUGGCAUUUGCGCGAGAUGGGAGGGAUUCAGGUCUUGAUGGCGUUGGUCACCCUCAUAAACAGUACGGCUGAGGUGCUGUUCUACCUACUCUCCGACAAGAUAAUCAACUGCAUCGGCCACUUCAGAGUUAUAUAUAUUGGUCUGUUCUGCUUUGCGAUUCGGUUCUUCUACUACUCGUUCCUAAGAGCUCCUUGGCUGGUUCUGCCGGUAGAGAUUACCCACGGAAUGACUGCAGGAGCUGUUCGCUUGGCUCUAGUUUCCUAUCUCGGCCAGGAGCCUGGAUCUGGUGCAGUAUUACAAAGCGUCUUCAGUGGAGUUCACACUGGUCUUGGAUUUUCAAUUGGGGGUUUGACAGGAGGAAUAAUGGUACACGAAUUUGGACACUCGAUAACGUUUCUUAUUUUUGGUGAAGUCAGCUUGGUGAUGCUGUUCUCUUUUGUCCUGGUCAAUAACAUUUGGCCUGAUCGAAUAAAAAAGAAAGAAGACUGCGAUUCUAAGGAUCAAGAAAGUGCCAACAUUGUCCAUGGGAAUAUCUACAAAAAAGGGCAACAUGAAACACUCGAUUUAACGUCACUUGAAAUAGUAGAGAACCUAAAAGCUAAAAAAAUAUUUCAUUAGAAGUAAUUAAAAUUUGACAUAUAUCAUUAUUCCUUACAUUAACUGAAGUUUAUAUUUUUUAAGACAGAGACCAAAAUCUCUCAAAUAUCAGACGCAAAAAUUUUCCUUAUUUGAUGCUAACAAAUACUUUUUUGUCAUACGCUACUCAAUAUUCUAACGCUAGCACUAUUACAGUAUGCAUAUAACGAGUUAAUCGGG